AUGGACCCUUAUGAUUUUGUGCUAUGGUUUUGCCUUGGCAUCGCUAUGACCGUUUUAGGUGUGAUAUACAAGGAUAAGUGCCCUGCUGAGCCUUAUAUACCAAUUUAUCUAAUUGUGGCUGGAGCCACACGUGUAGCCAUAUGCAUCCUGAUACCUCUCAAGCUCUUUUACAAAAAAGCAGCCAUGGUUGUUGAAGGCAUUUUAUGUCUUUUCGGUUUAUGUUGGCUCAUCACAGGUGGUGUCUGGGUGUUUAGUCAACACAGUUUAAUGCCAAUAAAUUGUAACCUCGAUCUCUACUACUUUGCCUUUGGCACUUUGAUAAUUGAGUGCUUUGUCAUUGUUUUAUUUGGAAGUUUGGCCGUUGCCGUCGCAUAUUUCACCUUUGCAGAAGCUGGUAGGGUCUUUUAUUACAUUGCCUGGAUUCUGCUGAGCAUUGUGAUGACAGUUUUUGGAGCGCUUUUUAUAAAUUUUUGUCCCAUCCAGCCCAAUGUUCCGAUUUUUUUGAUUGUGGCAGGAGUUGUACAUUUCAUGAUUAUAAUUCUACAACCUCUAAAACGAAGCUGGUUCGAAACCCCCAGUUUUAUUCUACAGAGUGUAUUGGUAUUGUUUUAUUUUUGCUGGCUCAUUGCAGGAUGUGUCUGGGUUUUUUCAAUAGCAAACAUAUACCAAGGAUAUUGUGAUGAAUAUCUGUACAAGUUUGCUUUUAGACUGUUAAUAUUUCAGUGUGCUUUCUGGGGGAGUUGGGUGAUUCUUCUUUUGUAUUUGACUAUAAAGUCACGUCAAAGGAAUUCAUCUUAUGAAAGGCUUCAUGGAAAUGCCACCGAGUCACCUGGACAGCUUUGGGAUCUUGACUGCAUUGUUGAUAUCUUUCCUUUUGCAUUUUUUUUUUACUAAAGUUCUUUUAGAUCGUCAAGUGUCCCUCAUAAUGCACAACUUGGCACUCCUGUUUCUUAAAAGCCACAUUUUCCAUAGUUUCAAUAGAUAAUAAGUUUAAUAAUCCAGUAUUAGUUAUCUGAUUUAAUUAUACACACUGUAUUUCUGAUUUGUUUUUACUUUCUCUCCAACUUUCAAAAUAAAAAUGUAUUUUUUUCAAUUUCAGAAUACCCUGAAAAGUGCUAUAUAUCUCAAAUCCUGCAAUUGUAUAUGUAAUCUACAUGUUGAUUUAAACAGAUAUGAGUGAAUAAAACUCUGUUGCGCUCUCA